UUCGUGCCUGUGCGUGCGCGUGUAUUUGCCGUGCAUAUCUGUCACUGUAGCUUCAUUGACGCCACUGCUGCUCCUGUGCAACGGUUUUACAUGCGACGUCGGGAGUCCAGUCCAGCAAUGAGCCAGAGCCGCUGUGGAAACUGGAGAAAAACGGGUACAUGCCAGGAACCAUGGCAGAUGAUGUAAAAAGACCUGCUGAAUGUUGCCUUGCUGCGCGGUUAUGUGACUGACCUGACUCCUCCAUCUCCAUCUCCUGCUGACUUCACCUUGUUGCCCAGCUUGCACCAUGAGAGGAUCUACCAUGUGCUUGACCUCUGUGCCCUCAUACAUGCGCUGUCCUUGCGCUGCAUGAGCGCCCCCUCUCCUCCAGCAGUUGCUGCACGGAAUGGCCUCUCUGGACCUGCCCUACCGCUGUCCUCGCUGCGGGGAGCACAAGCGCUUCCGAAGCCUGUCAUCCUUGCGUGCCCACUUGGAGUAUAACCACACUUACGAGACCCUCUACGUCCUCUCCAAGUCCAACAGUGUGUGUGACGCCGCUGCUCUACUGCCUCUAGUGGCUGAGGGAGCUCUCCUCACUCCUGCCAACAACAACGACCCUUUUGAGCCGCUUCGCCACUCAGCUUUAAAGGAGUGCCACUUUCCUUGUCGUGAGCUUCCUUGUGCAGAUGAUCUGAGUUUGACCCCAGCUAACUCCAACUCUGCAGCCAGGUAUAUUCCUAAUGUGGAAUUCCCCCUGGGGGAGAUUUUUAUGAAGAAAGCCAUGACAUCCACAGACCCAGGUCCCCAUGGAAACCCCAGCACAGCUGUAGCAGUUGCGGCUAAUGUGGCAGCUAGUGCCGUGGAGGCAGCCUAUGAGGAAGGCCUGGCCAGGCUUAAGGCGCGGGCCUUUGAAAGACUGGAGCUAGAUGAGAGGCUGGAGAAGCUGUCAGAAGAGGUGGAGCAGAAAAUUGCAGCCCGUGUAGGCCGUCUUCAGGCAGAGCUGGAGAGGAAGAGUUCUGAGCUGGAGCGGGCCAAGCAGGAGAGCGAGCGGCUGAGCCAGGAGAAGCAGGACCUGGAGAACAAGGCUACAGAGCUUUCUCGACAGGUGGACGUCUCUGUGGAAAUGCUAGCUAACCUCAAGCAGGACCUGGUGAACAAGGAGGCAGAGCUGAACCACAAACAGCAAGAAGUUGCCCAGAUUGACCAGUUCCUGCAGGAGACGGCGGCACGUGAAGCCAAUGCUAAGGUGCGCUUGCAGCAGUUUAUUGAGGAGUUGCUGGACCGAGCUGACCGUGCUGAAAAACAGCUUCAGAUCAUCAGCAGCUGCGGCACCACACCAAACGGCAGCCUGGGACGCUGCAGCCUGCAAGCAUCAAAAGGGACUGGACGGCAGAGAAACUCCAGCAUCUCUGGGAGCACUCGGGGAAUGUACCAGGUGUCAGAGAGACGUUCCUCCCCCAGCACUGGGAGGAUCAAAUCCGUCUCACAAGGCUCAGGGGGCUAUGACAGUGACAGCGUUGAGAUGCAUCCCAUGGAGGAGUGUCCCGAGGCUCAGUACUAUCACAUGCAGUGCCGACUGGGCGAGGGGGGUUAUGAGCGUUCACCUGGAUGCGGGUCGAGAAACUGGGGUCUUCGUAAACAGGCUAUCCAGAACUGGCAACGGCGACCUUACAGGAACAGCACCGAAGGUGAUGAGGGAGACGUAUCAGAUGUUGGCUCCCGGACCACAGAGUCUGAAGUGGAGAUGUGGGAGCAGGAGAGGAGAGCUGUAGCUGAAGUCCAGCAGUCUGCUGCACCCUAUCCUCACCAGAGCAGGGCAGCAUACCGCCCAAAUACAGGUCGUUCAGAUGGGGUCUACUCCAAGCAAUGCCGCCAUGAAAAGAGCCCGUCCAAAUCCAACGAGGUGAUCAGUCCGGAGAUCCUGAAGAUGCGUGCAGCCCUGUUCUGUAUCUUCACCUACCUGGAUACUAAAACUCUGCUGAGAGCUGCUGAGGUGUGCCGCAAUUGGCGGUUUGUGGCCCGCCACCCAGCUGUGUGGACCAGAGUGCUGCUAGAGAAUGCUCGCAUUUCUUCCAAGUUCCUGAGCACAUUGUCUCAGUGGUGCACCCAAACACACUCUCUCAUCCUGCAAAACCUUAAACCAAGACAGCGUGGUAAGAAGGAAACCAAGGAAGACUACCUUAAAAGCACACGUGGCUGUCUUGAGGAGGGUUUGGAGGCGUUGUUAAAGGCCACUGGAAGUAACCUGCUGAUACUGAAGAUUUCACAUUGCCCCAACCUGUUGACUGAUCGUUCUCUUUGGCUGGCCAGCUGCUACUGCCGAGCCCUCCAGGCUGUAACAUACAGGAGUGCAACAGAUCCAGUUGGUCAGGAGGUGAUUUGGGCCCUUGGGGCAGGUUGUAGAGACAUUAUUUCUCUACAGGUGGCACCCCUACAUCCAUGCCAGCAACCUGCUCGCUUCAGUAACCGAUGUUUACAGACCAUUGGAAGAUGCUGGCCACACCUCCGUGCUCUCGGCGUGGGUGGGGCUGGAUGUGGGAUUCAGGGAUUGGCAUCACUUGCAAGGAACUGCAUGCGCCUGCAGGUGUUAGAGUUGGACCAUGUGAGUGAAAUCAACCAGGAGGUGGCGGCAGAGGUUUGCAGAGAGGGUCUGAAAGGUCUGGAAAUGCUGGUUCUCACAUCCACACCAGUCACCCCAAAAGCCCUGCUUCACUUCAACAGUGUUUGCCGCAAUCUCAAGUCUAUCGUGGUUCAGAUUGGUAUAGAAGACUACUUUGAGGACCCAAAUAGCCCAGAAGCUAGAAAACUGUUUGAUGAGAUGGUGAACAAGCUGCAGGCUCUGAAAAAGAGACCUGGCUUCUCCAAAAUCCUCCAUGUGAAAGCCGACAGUCUCUGCUAACAUCUAUUGUGCAGUCUUCAAGUCUCCAAGAAGAGCAAUCAAGUCAAUCAAAAAGACCCAGCUGGUUUGAGCUCACUUCCUUGAGUUGAAUGUGUUGCCUCAAAAAAAUAAAAAGAAAAAAAAAGAAAACAAAACAAAAACACAAGCAAGGCAAAUCAUGUUGAAUAUGGACUCAGACUGAGUGUGCAUUUUCCUGAAGUACCAACCUGAGAAAGAAAAGCUAAUUUACUUAAUCUAUUUUAUGUUGGUGAGGCCAUUAUAUUUACAGUGGCACUUGGAAUCUAAUGAAGAGUCUAUUUAAACUUUACUGAAGAAAAGCAACAACGCUGGUUCUUCUGUCUCAGUUAUGAUUUGCUUUAACCUUAAAAGUGGAUUGCUUUGUUGCACAGAGCCAGAUUCCUUUCCUAAACCCUUUGGAGCUUGUUGAUAGUGCUGCAUUUCCACUGCUUGCAUCCACACAAUGACUGAUGAAGACUACCUUCAACAGCAACAUCUCAUGGGAAAGGAGCACACUGUAGAGCCCGUGUACUUUCCACAAGAACAUUUCUGAGGAGAUUGUGACUUCUCUUAUUCAAAGGUUAGCAGGAGCUUUAUGAUUAUGAGAGAAAUGAGGGAGGGAAUAAAUAGCCCAGCCUGUCCUGAAUCACUGUGUGUCAAAACUGGGCAACAUUUCUGAACACAUACUGCUUCCACUCUGAACUGAAAUGUGCUGCAGCGGCUCCAGGAACUGUGGAGAGGGUAAAGACAGCCUCCCAGUAACUCGCAGACCUGGUCUUCUAGACAGUGCAUGACGAUGCAUUCGGCCUGUAGUACCAUCCUCUGCUUCCUAAUGUGAACAAAACCAUGCCACUAAUCUGGAUUCAGUGUUUUUGCUCAUUGUUGUAUCUCCGGACCUGCUUGUGUCAGAGGACAGGUGUUACUGGUGCCAUUUAUAAUGGUGUCUUGUCUUUAUUCCAGUGAGUGUUUUCUCCGAUGUGCCAUUAAUGAGGAAAAAGAGACCGCACGAGGCAGAUGUUUAAUCACUUCAGUCAAAAGUAAAUACAAGUACUGGAGUUUGAUUUGAGUGGAAACAAGUUUAAUUGAGCAUUAGUUGUUGUAUUUCAUAUAGAACCUAAAUGUCCAGGUUUGUACAGAUGUUGUGUUUGUAUAUCAUUUGGGUUCUCAUACUAAACAGUGCCAUUCCUAUUAACAGUCUGUCAUUAUCAAGCCCUUACAUAUACUCAUCAGCUGACGUCCUCUGUCUCUCUCUGCUGGUGGUUCCACGCAAUAACACAUAUGGUACGAUGUGACACUUUGCAUCAUGGCAAAAGUAUAAUUCUGCAGAACUCAAACCCAAGAGGUUGGGUCUUCAGCAUUGCCUUCAAAUUAGGAAACUAAUUUUGUUGCAGUUAAAUGUAUUUUGCAGGAAUUCUAACAAAGUAUGAGCAGCAAUAUCUACUGAGAAAAUUACCCUUAUUGGGAUGUUGUUUCAGCUUCUAUAAUUAUAACUAAAAACCUGGGCUCUCAAUUGUGAAAUUAAAUAAUGUUUUUUUUUUCUCUCUGCUUAAAUAGAAGUGUGGGAAGUUCUUAUGAGCUGUCGGCAUUUUAACUGCUGGGAAUAGCAGUGAGAGCACCUCAAAGCCAUGUUCACAUUACCAGCCAUAUUGUUCUAUUCCAGUUCAAAUUUGAUGUUACACAAUCAUAACUAUCAGUCUCUCAGAUCUAACUUUCAUGUUAGUGACUGCCCAUUGAAACACCACGUAUGUGCACAAGAUACAUUUUUACCCGUGCAUCAUUUGUGAUAAAAACAAGAGAAAAUAAUUUUCAUGACAGUUGUGGGAGCUAUCGCAAUAAAUUUAUGGAUGACAUUUAGUACCAGAACAGGGCAGACAUUUGUCCAGCUAUACAGGAAAAGCUUACCAUAGGCAAGAAAAGCUAAAUGGCUAGCUUUUGCUGUUUGAGCGGUUUUUGCUAGCAGCACUGUAAUAUUGCAGUAAGUUUAUGACAGUGAAGCGAACCAGUGAAAAGCUACAUGGAAUCAGAUAUGAGUGUCCUCACUCAUUUUAAAUUGCCAAAAACUUAAGUGGGAACAACGGAUUUGAAAAUUGAAAUUUAUGGCAGGAUUUCUGUGUCCAGAUGUCUCUGAGAGAGAAAAAAUUGACCAGAUCUGGGUCUUUUUAGCCUGGUAAUGUGAACAUAUCCUUAGUUUGAAGAAUCAGAAGGUUUCCCAGUGAGCGAGUCAAGCUCCAAACAAUUCUGACUUGGGGGCACAAUUUCUAAACAUUUAAAGCAACUCAAGCCUGCAGAAAUGAUGAAAUGAUAAAAAGUCAAGCUGCUAUUAAUGUGGCUCAAAUCACCUGUCAGGAUUUGUUUCUGAUUCUUCAAACUGAGAAACUCAGAGCUAUUUAAUUGGGAAGAUACUGGUGGCUGCAAACCCUCCAAAAAUCGUUUCAAAGUUAUAGGCCCUCACAACAAAACAAAACACAUCACAAAGGGUCAGGAUCUAGCAUUUUUGUCCUUUUUUUUCCUCUUUUUAUUUUUUUGACCCACACAAAGGACCAAAAAGUAGAAUUUCUCUUAUUCCCCAACUUUAUGAAAGUGCAAUAUUCAGUAAGCACAUCACAACCACUUUGAUAAAAAAUAAUGCACAAAGUCUUUUAGUAGUUUUAAAAUUUAAUUAUGGCUCACUUGCUACAAGGCAGCACUUUGUUUCCUUACUUUAGUUAUUUCACUUGUGGAUGCUUUACAGUUACAAAAGAAACCCACAGGUAGUAAAUAACACCAAUGUUUGAUUUUGGUCACAUUUAUGAAGAAACAUGUAACUGCUUAUUGCAGAAAAGACGUGAGAACAGUUGUGGGUGUCCAGUUCUUCAUGUUCUUCCAGUACUGAAUAUUAUUAUCCUACUCUGGUACUGAUUGUCUGCUCAGUUUAACAGAAGGAAAGAAGAUUGUAGGAACAAGGGGCCACUUUGCCAACACACUAGAGAGAGAGAAAGAGAGAGAGAAAUACUUGUUAAUUUUGAGUUUUAGACAAUCCUGCCUUCGUUAUCAACUAAUCUGUACAUAAUGUUUGUAGGAAAAAAGUGUGAAAAAAAGACCAACAUGUGAUGUUAAUAUGGUAUAUCAAGGUCAUACUUUUGAGUGGAACAGUUGAAGUUUACAGGUCUUCAUUCUGUAAGAAUUUUCUCUCCUAAGUUGAAUGAAAGAUAGAUAAUUAUAUUAUGUAUAACAGUAGUGCUGAAAUUGCAGUUGUGUAUUAGAUACUUUAUAUUAAAUGUGCAUCAGAGUCAUAUAAAAUGGAGAUUAUUUAAGAAGAGGAUAAAGAUGAUAAUUCAGCUAUUUAUUUCUAUAAAAAGAGUGCUGUGUAUACUGUUGGCAUGUUUGUGUUCAUGCAUCAAUCAUUAAGUUGCCUUCUUAAAUGUUCUGCUACUGUGGAAAGAAAACUAUUAGAUGUUUAAAGAGCUUUGAUUGCCUGCAGGUUAAUAAUAACUUUUUUUCUUUAUUUGAUCCCGUCUGUUGUUGCACUAUAGAGAAAAAAGAUAUUUCAGAUGUUUAUUAUAAGAGUGUUGUUUUUAAUGUUAGUAUUUGAAAAAAAUAUAUGAUGCACUUUUUUCUUGAACAAUUUCCUUGACCCAUUGGUCAUUAGUUUAUUCAGAAGUUUCUGUCAGUGGGACAUCCAGUGACGCCCACUGGUGUGAAACUUGCAUGUUGGAUGCUGUGGGAAGAAGACUUUGGAAAACACAUUGAUAAUUUGCAGAUCUAUAGUGGAACAAAUGUGCAGUUUGUCUUACUUCUCUUCCACCAUCUCUCAUACAGCAUCUCUCAUUGGCUGGGAAAGGUAAAAAUUGAAAGUGAUUAAACUACAUUCAAGUGCUUUUUAGGUUGCCAAUAAUAACCUUAUGCUCAUCUUUGUAUUUGCUGCUGUCUUUGUUUUACUUCUGCAUUGCACUGUAAAUGCUAUGCUCACUCCAUCAGGAUAUUUGCUUUGUUGUAAAAUCUGCCCAGCUGCAGAUGCUGCAGCAUCUGUAUGCUGUCAACAUGCGGAUUAGAGGUACCAGCUACUCUGGAAUAACUUUUUGGCUUCCAUCUCCAAAUGUCUGCCUCAUACAUCUGAAGUUUGCAGCAUCAUCCUAAGGGUACUUUCUCACUGACCUGUUUAUUAUACAUUUUUUUAUUUUUUUAUUUUAGAGAUCCCAUGUUGCAGUUACUCCACUUAUCAUGAGGUGCAAUAGAAGAACCAUGUUUGCGUGUUCAUGUACUCUGUGUAGAUAUUUUACGUAUGAAUGAUUGUACUCUGGACAUUUGUCUCAACAGUCUUUUACUCAUUACCUCAACACUUAACAGGACAGUUAAGUGUUUUUUUUUCCUUUUUUUUUCCUGAUUGCCAUUUGAAGUUUUUAAAGAUGAUCCAUGUACUUCAUCCAUUUUGCUACAGCAACAGAAUGACUUCUGUUAUUGGAAAAAAACUUUCCCCAAAAGAACAAUCAGCUCUCUAUAAUGACUGCAAUAGAUGGAAAUGUUUUAAACUCAUUUUCACUCAUUUGUUGUCAUCAAUAAACUGCUUUAAAUUGUAA